AUGUCGAAUUUGGACAUUCAGCGACUCUCAAAGAAGCACCCGGUGCUGAAGCCGUGGGACAUCGAGACCAUCGUCCAGAAGUUCAGCUCUCUGGACCUGGACGCCAACAAUGGCCUGAACCAGCGCAGCCUGGUCAAGGCGGUGCAGAGCAUUGAGCCCGAGCGCCAGUACGAUGAAAUCCGCGGAGCGCUGAAGCGUGUGGAGGUUAGCCGGCCCGACGUGGUGGAGCUGGACGAGUUUGUUGAGAUUGUUGCCCUGCUUCGUGAGGGCGACCAGGCCGGCGGUGCCGGGGCCAAGAAGGCCGCGCAGGCAUUCGAAGGAAUCACCAGCAACCGGGCAUACGAGAAGCGCACUAUCUUGAAGUCGCGGGAGAACGCCAGCUCGGCGCACACGAUCAACGAGGACGAGAGCGAGGAGUUCACGAACCACAUCAACUUUGCGCUGAACGGCGACAGCGACAUUGGGUACCGCCUGCCUAUCGACCCAAACACAAUGCAGCUGUUUGACGAAUGCCGCGACGGCCUCAUCCUCUCCAAGCUGAUCAACUACUCGUCGCCGGACACCAUCGACGAGCGCGUGCUGAACCGCGGCCGCAAGCUGUCGCCGUUCCAGGUCACCGAGAACAACAACGUGGUCAUCAACUCGGCCAAGGCCAUCGGCUGCAGCGUCGUCAACAUUGGCUCGCAGGACCUGGCUGAGGGCCGCGAGCACCUGAUUCUGGGCCUGAUCUGGCAGAUCAUCAAGAUUGGUCUGUUCGCAAACAUCGACAUCAAGCUGCACCCGGAGCUGUACCGCCUGCUCGAGGACGGCGAGACGCUCGAGGACUUUUUGAAGCUGCCGGCCGACGCCAUCCUGCUGCGCUGGUUCAACUACCACCUGGCGGCAGCAGGGUCCCACCGCCGUGUGUCCAACUUUAGCGGCGACAUCAAGGACAGCGAGAACUACACGGUUCUGCUAAGCCAGCUGGUGCCCGAGCAGUGCAACCGCGCGCCGCUGCAGGAGACUGACCCCAUGAAGCGCGCCGAGCUUAUGCUGCAGGGUGCUGAGCGCAUUGGGUGCCGCCGCUACGUCAGCCCCAAGACCAUUGUUAACGGUAACCCGAAGCUCAACCUGGCCUUCGUUGCACUGCUGUUCAACACACACCCGUGCCUGGCCCCGCUCGACCAGGAGGUGGACCAUGCCGAGCUCGACGAUUUCCUAGACGACAUGCAGUACGACCGCGAGGCGCGUGCCUUUGCGCUGUGGCUCAACAGCCUCAACGUCGACCCGUUCGUCAACUAUCUGUUUGAGGACGUCAAGGACGGACUGGUGCUGCUGCAGGCAUUCGACAAGAUCUUCCCUGGCUCUGUCAACUGGAAGCGUGUCAACAACCGCCGCCCGCUGAUGCGGUUCAAGCAGCUCGAGAACACCAACAUGAUUGUCGACAUGGGCAAGGCCCACCGCUUCUCACUCGUCGGUAUCCAGGGCGCCGACAUCACCGAUGGCACACCGACGCUGGUGCUGGCCCUUGUGUGGCAGCUGAUGCGUGCCAACAUCAUCCAGACCCUAGCCUCGCUCUCUGCCAAUGGCGGCCGAGAGGUCACAGACCGCGACAUGGUCAGCUGGGCCAACCAGACCGCUGCCAAGAGCGGGACUGCGGCGCCCAUCAGGUCGUUCAGCGACUCGUCGCUGGCUACCGGCCGCUUCCUGCUCGACGUUGUGAAUGGCAUGAAGCCUGGAAUCGUCGACCCGCAGCUGGUCACCGCAGGCCAGAACGAGGAUGACCAGAAGAUGAACGCAAAGUACGCCAUCUCGAUUGCGCGCAAGCUGGGCGCAACCAUCUUCCUCCUGCCCGAGGAUAUCGUCGAGGUCAAGCCCAAGAUGAUCCUGACAUUCAUUGGCUCGCUGAUGGCGGUCCAGCACUAG